AGCCGCUGGGAGAGAGCGAUGGCGGGUUUGACUGUGAGAGACCCUGCGGUGGAUCGUUCUCUACGUUCGGUGUUCGUGGGGAACAUUCCAUAUGAGGCUACUGAAGAGCAAUUAAAGGACAUCUUUUCUGAGGUUGGACCUGUUGUUAGUUUCAGGUUGGUAUAUGAUAGGGAGACAGGAAAGCCAAAAGGUUAUGGCUUCUGUGAAUACCAAGACCAGGAGACAGCACUUAGUGCCAUGCGAAACCUAAAUGGGCGUGAAUUCAGUGGGAGAGCACUUCGAGUGGACAAUGCUGCCAGCGAAAAGAACAAAGAAGAGCUGAAGAGCCUUGGCACUGGUGCCCCUGUCAUUGAGUCACCUUAUGGAGAGACCAUCAGUCCUGAGGAUGCCCCUGAGUCCAUUAGCAAAGCAGUUGCCAGUCUUCCACCAGAGCAGAUGUUUGAGCUGAUGAAACAAAUGAAACUCUGUGUCCAGAAUAGUCCUCAGGAAGCACGAAACAUGUUGCUUCAGAACCCUCAACUGGCUUAUGCUUUGCUACAAGCCCAGGUAGUGAUGAGAAUUGUGGAUCCAGAAAUUGCCUUGAAAAUUCUGCACCGCCAGACAAAUAUCCCAACACUGAUUGCAGGCAACCCUCAGACAGUCCACAGCGCCGGACCUGGCUCAGGAUCCAAUGUGUCGAUGAACCAGCAGAAUCCUCAGGCCCCUCAGGCCCAGUCUUUGAGUGGAAUGCAUGUCAAUGGCGCACCUCCUCUGAUGCAAGCUUCUCUGCAGGCUGGAGUUGCAGCACCAGGGCAGAUACCAGCCACUGUAACAGGACCUGGGCCUGGUUCCUUAGCUCCUGGAGGAGGAAUGCAGGCCCAGGUUGGAAUGCCAGGAAAUGGACCAGUGUCCAUGGAGCGGGGACAAGGAACCCUACAGCACUCGCCCGUGGGACCCACCGGGCCUGCAUCAAUUGAGCGAGUUCAAGUGCCGAUGCAAGACCCCAGAGCAGCUAUGCAGCGUGGGCCCUUGCCUGCCAACGUCCCAACUCCUCGAGGUCUGUUGGGAGACGCUCCAAAUGACCCACGCGGAGGCACUUUACUUUCUGUAACUGGAGAGGUAGAGCCUAGAGGUUACCUGGGACCACCUCAUCAGGGUCCGCCCAUGCACCAUGUCCCUGGCCAUGACAGCCGUGGCCCACCCCCACAUGAGAUGCGGGGAGGGCCAUUAGCUGAGCCCAGACCUCUAAUGGCAGAGCCAAGAGGACCCAUGCUAGAUCAGAGGGGUCCACCAUUGGAUGGCAGAGGUGGAAGAGAUCCCCGAGGCAUAGAUGCACGAGGGAUGGAGGCAAGAGGAUUAGAUGCUAGAGGAUUGGAAGCCCGUGCGAUGGAGGCCCGUGCGAUGGAGGCUCGUGCAAUGGAGGCCCGUGCAAUGGAGGCCCGUGCAAUGGACGUCAGAGGGAUGGAGGCCAGAAACAUGGAUACAAGGGGCCCAGUCCCAGGCCCUAGAGGCCCUAUACCUAGUGGAAUCCAGGGUCCCAGUCCAAUUAACAUGGGGACAGUUGGCCCCCAGGGAUCCAGACAGGUCCCAGUCAUGCAGGGAGCGGGCAUGCAAGGAGCGAGCAUUCAGGGUGGAGGCCAGCCUGGUGGCUUUAGUCCUGGCCAGAACCAAGUCACUCCGCAGGACCAUGAGAAGGCUGCUUUGAUCAUGCAGGUUCUUCAACUAACUGCAGACCAGAUCGCCAUGCUGCCUCCUGAGCAGAGGCAGAGUAUCCUGAUCUUAAAGGAACAAAUACAGAAAUCUACUGGAGCGCCUUAAAAGGUUUUCAAAACUACCUGGCGACAAAUCUGGAAAUUAAUUCCAUACCUUUGUUGAAAUGUUGCAAAAAGAUGGAUACUUCAUCCUAACCCUUGAAUGACUCAAAUUGGUGCCAGGUGGAGGACUCCCAUCACCUUCUCUCAGAACAAAAUCGGUUCAUUCUGUUGUCUUAGUUUGUAUGUUUUCUGUGACUUGAAAUAAACUUUGAACACAA